AGACCAACGCCAAUGUGUUUAUUAAUUAUUGUGUAUAUAUAUACACAAUUCCACCCUGAAUAUUUUCAAUUUACAGAUAAAUGAUGGAAAAACAUUCCAAGCCAAAAUCCCAAUUCAUGAAAUUUCUUCCAAGAGCAGCCUCCGCCGUUAAUUUCAACAACCCGCCGGUCAGUCCCGGUCGGGAAACCCGGCCGCUACCCGGUCGAGGAUUUUCCGGUCCGAUGAUGAUCUCGAUCAUACCACGAGAAGCGCGAUCCAAAUCAAAUAACUCGGGAUUCGAAACGCCGGAACCCACGUCGCCGAAAGUGUCGUGCAUCGGCCAAAUCAAGCACAAGAAGAAGCUGAAGGACUUGGCGAAGAAGGCGGCGGCGACGGUUGAGUCCAAAAAGCGCCAUCCGCCGUCGGGGAUUAAGAGAAUUUUGACCGGUGGGAAAGUAUUAGGGAGGGCGAAAUCCAACGUGGCGGCGGCUGCUCCGUCGGGGAAGCCGCCGCUGCCGGAGAGAGCGCCGGGGCUGAAUCAGAUGAAGCGAUUCUCGAGUGGACGUGGCGCUUUGGCGAAUUUUGAUUGGACGGCGCAGAUUGCUCCGGAUGACGUGGAAGGGGAGGAGGCCGGCGGCGGGGGGCGGAGGACGGUGUGGAUUGAUGAAGAAGUGGGCCCACUGCAGCCGAGAAAGGAAGUAAAUAUAUGGAAGAGAAGAACCGUCGUUCCGCCCACUCCUCUACAACUUAACUCAACCAUGGUCAAACAAAAAUGAUAUUAUACUUUCUUUUUUUCCUUUUUCUUUUUUUGUAAUUUUACGCCAAAAGAAAUGUAAGAAUAUUUGAAUAUAAAUAUAGAAUGGAUUUCUUGUGAAGGUUUGGAAAUUUAAAU